AUGUCUAUUGUUGACGAAGCUGCUCAUACCCAGUUUCUCAGGCUGCAAGAGCAGGACCUCAAGGGCAAAGUCGCGUUAAUAACCCGCUCUGACAUCUACCCUAGUGGGGCAACCAAAGGCAUAGGCCGCGCCAUCACCAUCGAACUCGCAACCCGCGGCGCCUCCAUCAUAGGCACCUACUCUUCUCCCGAAUCCGUACACCUUUUCUCCACCCUCUCACAAACUAUCAGCAGCCUCUACUCUUCUAGCUCUGUUACCACACUAGUACCCAAAUUCAUAGGCCUACAAUUCCACAUCGCUCUGCCGGACUCCUCCGGCGCGGUUGCCAACAUCCUAGAAGCCCUCACCACGCAUUUCUCCAGCAAGAUCGACAUCGUGAUCUUCAACGCCGCGGUGAUGACGCUUGCAAAGAUGGGCGAGGGCAGCGUACGAGAGGAUGUCGUGGACUUGGCGUUGGCAGGCAAUGUACGGUUCCCGGUGAUGUUGGUGGAGCAUCUCCUCCGGGAGAAUGUGUUCAGGAAGCAAGGGAGGGUGAUUGCUGUUAGCAGUGAGGGGGUUAGGGCGAGGCGACCCGAUGGCGGUGCAAUUUAUGCGGCUACGAAGGCUGCGCUUGAGUGUCUGAUGAGGAAGUGGGCGGAUGAACUAGGCAAUCGACCUGGGAUGGAAGGCACGACCUUCAAUUCGAUCAGCGUCGGCUUCACUAAGACGGAGGCUUAUCGUAAAAUUUCUCCCGAACUUCGAGACAAGCUUGAAACGUCUGAUGCGGCUGAAGUGGCAGUUGCGAACCGUAUCGGCGAAGUCGAAGACGUCGCGGGAGUGGUUGGUCUGCUUGUCAGUGAGAAAGCGCAGGUGAGUCAAAUGUGA